AUCACUAAGAGAGACAGCUGAACAGUUUCUACAGUUUCUUAGGGCAACUGAAACCUGGAGUCACUGACCAUCUAUUCGAUGACCAGGAUGCAUUCCGUUUCAAUACUACUCAUGGUCCUUAUCCUGAGUUUCGCAAUCCUGAGGUCUGGAGCCGACUACGCGGCCUGUGCUAAUAAUUGUUACAGUACUUACAGGCAAUGUGUGGGAAUCUGCAAAGUGCAAGCGGAUUGUUUCAGUUGCUCAAACAGUUGGAGAAACUGCGAUGCAGGAUGUCGAAAGAAGAGAGAACUAGCGGCAAAUUUAGGGGCUGGGGUCUAUUCUAAAAAAGACGAAAAACUGUCGGAGUUUAGUUUGAAAAAAGCUGCCAGUGAAAAGCAGAAGAGAAUGUGGAACCUCCUAUUCUACCGCAGGAAACGAACAGCAUAAAUAUCAGGAUUAGCUUUGAGGGAGUGAGGGAGGCUUAAAUGUUUAUGUUAACCCUAGGUAGUAAAUUGAUAAUUCCAUUUACGAGUUUCAAUCGUAUUUUUCUUUGCAUGGUAGAAAUUUCUAAAAAUGAGAUAAACAGGCUGAGAGUAAUUAUAUCACAUUAGUAGAAACUAAUAAAGUUAGAGAUUGAAAAAAAAAA